CACAUAGUACGGAUGGGACUUAAACUGUACCUUAGCAUGUAGCCGUGUCGAGGGUUAUUGUAUGUUGCUUGAAUGUUUUUCUAGGUACGAGUCACUGUGUUGCGCGGCAAAAGCGAGGGACAAAACAAAAGCAUGUGAAGAUAAUUUCCAGCUCAGGUAGUUCAAGUGCAACAGGUCCCUUCCUGAAAUUCAGCACCCAGCCAUGGGCCUGCGGUCAGCUCAGAAGAAGCUCUUCCCCCUGCGGGGCAUCGAUGGCGUGGUGCAACUCUUUGAGUAUGAGUUGGGAAACCCCGAGCCUGAUCUGGCCCUGCUGUCUCUGGUGCUGGGCUUCGUUGAGCACUUCCUGGCAGUCAACCGCGUGGUGCCUGUCAACGUCCCUGGAGUGCGAUUCGAACCCCUCAAUGGAGACUGCCUCAACUCCUGCUUCCCUACAGUAGAUCUAGGCUUAAUAUCAGCACUGCACGAACGCUUCACGGCUCAGAUCCGCGGCGCAGUGGAUCUGUCGCUGUACCGCAGGCCGGCCGCAGGUUCGAGCAGAGAACUAGUGAAGAAGGUCUCGGAUGUGAUCUGGAACAGCUUGAGCCGAUCAUACUUCAAGGACCGAGCCCACAUUCAGUCUCUAUUUAGUCUCAUAACAGGCACAAAGUUGGACAGCUCUGGCGUGGCAUUUGCAGUGGUGGCUGCGUGUCAGGUUCUUGGGCUGAAGGACGUUCACUUGGCCCUGUCUGAGGACCACGCCUGGGUGAUUUUUGGCAAAGGCGGUGAAGAAACGGCUGAGGUCACGUGGCAUGGCAAAGGCAAUGAGGACAGGAGAGGCCAGACAGUCAGUGCUGGAGUCAAUGAGAGGAGCUGGCUGUAUUUGAAAGGAUCCUACAUGAAAUGCAACCGUAACAUGGAGGUAGCGUUCAUGGUUUGCGCCAUCAACCCGUCUUUAGAUCUACACACAGACAGCUCUGAGCUGCUACAGCUUCAGCAGAGGCUGCUUUGGUUACUGUAUGAGCGAGGAGACUUGGACAGAUAUCCAAUGGCAAUGGGCACUCUUGCUGACCUCGAAGAUCAAGAACCUCUUGGCAAAGGAGACCCUCUCUCAAUUCACCUCAAGGCUGUGGAUUCCGCCAAGAAGUACUACAACAAUGAGCAUAUCUACCCGUUCAUGUACUUGGCUGGGUACCACUACAGACACAGGAACGUGCAGGAGGCUCUGGGGGCCUGGGCCGAGGCUGCUACAGUCAUACAAGAUUACAACUACUGCCGUGAGGAUGAGGAGAUCUAUAAGGAGUUCUUCGAUAUAGCGAAUGAUGUCAUCCCUAACCUCCUCAAAGAGACUGCUCUCGAGUUUGGAGGAGAGGGCAUUGAGGGAGCAGAUAAGGAGCAACCAAGACAGGCUGCAGCCCUCUCUGCCUUACAGGACCCAGAAUGCUUCGCGCACUUGUUGCGUUUCUAUGAUGGAAUCUGUAAAUGGGAAGAGGGAAGUCCCACACCUGUGCUUCACGUAGGCUGGGCCACCUUCCUGGUUCAGUCUCUGAGCCGCUUCGAUGCACAGAUAAGACAGAAAGUGACAAUCAUCACCAAAGAAUCAGAGCCGCAAGACGAUGACGACCAAGCCAGUGACGACCCCCGCGAAGGCCGGAGGAGAGGCCCACGACGUGAGUCCAAAGCCGAGGAAUCUGCAGGACCUUCUCCACCAGCUGCCUCUGCGACUCCGCCCUCCCAGCCUGGCCAGCCCAAAAAAGUGGGCGGAGAAGGAGGCCGGCGCCGUUCUUCAGCCGGAGGACGAGGGAAAGAGACGGACGGGAAGAACGAUACAUCUUCUCCAAACAGUCCUGUUCCUUCCCCUACCCAAGCAGUCGCAGCCUCUGGUGGUCCCGUGGUGACGUUCCACAGUGAGAAGAUGAAGGGCAUGAAGGAGCUGCUCUCAGCAGCCAAGAUCAACUCGAGCGCUAUUAAGCUGCAACUCACUGCCCAGUCACAAGUUCAGAUGAAGAGGCAGAAACCCACUCCCUCCGGUGACUACAGCCUGUCCUUCAUGAAGCGCCCUCGCAAGACUCUCUAGAAUGCUCCUUAUAAGAUUGUUUUCCUUUUCUGGCUUACUGUCACCUUCAGUAAAACCUGGGUGCCUGCAAUACUGUAGGAAGCAGUAUUUUUCAAGUUGAUGGUGAAAACUCUCAGCUCACUGAAUGGUCUUUCAUGUACCAGCACUGACUGUUAAUAUGAUCCAAUAGAAGGAUUCCCCAAUUCCAGCCCUCAAGAGCCACAGCACUGUAUAAUUUUCAUUUUUCCAUGCUCCUACUAGAGCAGCACAAUAUGAACAGACUUUUGCUACACACUGGGAUUGUGAGAUACCUUGCAAAAAUAUUAAAACAAGCAGAUGAACCCGUGACGUCACGGUCUGCAUUUAUUUACCCCAAACUUAACCAAAUCACAGCAGUAACACAAUUGUUUAAAACGUCCAAACUUAUUUAGAACAACUGCAAUUAAUCAAAAAUACAAAACAUAAUACGAAAAGGUGAUCGUUUAGAGCCAUUACAUUACCAGAACUAUAUAUAGUAGAAAAUACUACACAGUCUUAGCUAAAAAUCUGUGUUCUGCAAAUUAUUAUGUCUAAAAAGCAGCAACACUGACCUUUCUUUGGACUGGAAUUAGAGAAUUUGGCUAUAUACUAAGACUUAAUUAAAUCUUUCUGUAUUUUUAUAUUUACUUUUGUUGUAAUCGCAUAAUAUCAAUUUAAAUUGAAAACAUUGUGCCAAAGUUAGUAGUGUUUAAGAGCUAUAUACACCCCCCACCCCCCAAAUUGUGAUACUUUUGUAAGGUUUCUUAGAUAUUAUGUCCUCUGUAGUCACAUUUGGGCUACAAGCUAGACAUGCAGGUGUUUAGCAUUGCCCAACCUUCAUUUUACCUCGUCAUAUUAGUGCUACGUAAAAUGUUCAAUUUUACGCAUGUUCUUUACUUAUAAUGUCAAGGUAAAUGCUUUUUGAAAACUGCUGCUCUGUAUGAAACUAUUUUUAUAAUAAAG